AUGGAUUAACAUCUGAAGGCUGUUGGAUGUUUAAAAACUUAAUAAGGGCCGUAGCUUGUAUUUGAAAAUGACGGACAAGGUCCACGAUUAACAAACACACAGGCCUUCCUUCCUUUCUCUCUCUAAAGCCUCCUGCUACUUCACCGCGUUUCUUGCGAUCGUUUGUUCGCUGGUGGGUUGCGCACGGCUUAUUUCUGCUUUCAUUCUCAUUCCCCUGUUCCUCCGACCCUUCUCCUCUGUAAUUCUUUCCCUCUCCCUCUUCCUCUCCCUCUCCCUCCCUCUCUCUCUCUCUAGAUCUCUCUCAUGAAUCAUAAUUGAUCCCUCUUUGUUCUAGUCUUCAAGGACUUGUUCUCUAUUCCUUGAACUCCGGCUUUUCUUUUUAGUCGCAUUUCUUUACCGUUGUUCGCCUCGAUUUCAGUCUAUUCGGAUCCGUUUAUUUUUGAAUUUUGGAUUGGCUGGAACUCGAUCUGGUUGAUUCGGGUGCUUUCUGAUUGAUAUUUGUAGCUCAAGUCCUCAAAAGUGGUGAACAUUUUCGAGAUUAGAUCGUGUUCGGCGAGGAACAAUUUGGAUUAAGCUGGAGCAAGGAUCGAAAAAGAGCCGGAGGGUUCAUUCGUCUAUUCGAAUUAGGCUGUUUCUCAAGAUUGAUAGCUUUCCAAUUAUAGAGUUUUUUUUUUGAAUAUAUAUGUUGAUUUUUGAUAGAUCUCUUGUUGAUGAGCUCGUCUGGUUAUAAGGGGGGCGGGGAGGGCUAUUGAAUGCUGCAAUCAGAGAAGUGGGGUCGUCUAACAAAGCUGAUAUAUGUUUCCCAAUAGAUCUGUUCUUUAUUCGCUGCCCUUUUGCCUUUAUUUAUUUCUUUAAUUUUCUUAUUUAUACAUGUGCAAAAGGAGCUGAUGAUUCUUAUCCUUUGAGUUGAAACUUUUGGGGGUCCUCAAAAGCCACAAAGCCUGCCUUUUUUGGAUUGAAAUGCCUAAGAAUUGAAUUCCACGGAUUUUUUGCUUUUGGGUGGAUUGUUUUUGGCCAAUUCGGUUGUAUAAUUGAAGAGCUAUAAAGCAAGUUUGGGGAUCAAUUCGAUAAUUGUGCUGCGGAAUCAAAGGGGUUUAUAGAAAUUUUUCCGCAAAUGUCUGGCGCUCAGGUUUCGAGUGAAGGUAGAUCGGGUCAUCUGAAUUUGUUUGCGUAAAUCGAAGAGUUUUUGGUUGGAUUUGUUGACUUAUUAAGCAACUGGGCUGCGAGAUUCAAAGGGUUCAGGGGUGUUCUCGACGGGUAUCUGACGGAUCCGUCUUCUGAAAAUCGGGGUUGUGGUUGUUUGGGUGGUCUGGAGUGCAUACUAGACAUUAUCAGGGCCCUCAGAAUGGGGUCCUGCUUGUCUGCCGAAAGCAGGAGCCCUCUCCCCGAUUCUCCACCAACUACCACCUUGGGGAUUAGGCGGAGCAGGAGCUCGAAGAGGAGAUUGGGGUCACGGAACUCAUCAUUUGAUUACAGGAGAGACGAAAAACUUCAUAGAAUUCCUGGGAGAAUGUUCUUGAAUGGAGCAAGUGAUAUUGCGUCUCUGUUUACCCAGCAGGGCAAGAAAGGGACCAAUCAGGAUGCCAUGCUUGUUUGGGAGAAUUUUGGUUCGAGAACAGACACAGUUUUCUGUGGUGUUUUUGAUGGUCAUGGUCCUUUUGGCCACAUGGUUGCAAAGAGAGUUAGGGAUUCUCUUCCCCUAAAACUGAGUGCUCACUGGGAAGUCAACAUAAACAGUGAAGAUGUUCUCAAAGAGAUUAGCCUUAACAACAAUGGAAGCAUGAACUCUGAAGAUACUUCCUUUCCAGCGGAUGAGCACUCCAGAGCCUCCACUGAUCAUGAAGGCAUUGAAAAGCACUCUGAGGUCUUUCAGACAUUGAAAGAGUCAUUUCUGAAGGCUUUCAAAGUCAUGGACAGGGAACUUAGGAUGCACACAAAUAUUGAUUGCUUCUGCAGUGGGACAACAGCAGUAACACUGAUCAAGCAGGGCAAAGAUCUUGUCGUUGGGAAUGUUGGGGACUCAAGAGCGGUGCUGGGUACUAGAGAUAAAGAUGAUUCUCUUCUUGCUGUUCAGCUGACGGUGGAUCUUAAACCGAAUCUUCCAGGAGAAGCAGAGAGAAUCCGAAAAUACAAAGGUCGUGUUUUUGCCCUCCAGGAUGAACCUGAGGUUGCACGAGUUUGGUUGCCAAACAAUGACUCUCCUGGCCUUGCCAUGGCCCGUGCUUUUGGAGAUUUCUGCCUCAAGGAUUAUGGUCUGAUCUCCGAGCCUGAUAUUUCUUAUCGACGGCUCACGGAUAAGGAUGAAUUUAUUGUCCUUGCAACAGAUGGAAUUUGGGAUGUGCUCUCAAACAAAGAAGUGGUGGACAUCGUUUCUUCUUGUCCAGCGCGUUCCUCCGCAGCUCGAGCCUUGGUCGAGUCAGCAGUUCGGGCAUGGAGGUUCAAGUACCCCACUUCGAAGAUUGAUGAUUGUGCGGUCGUCUGCCUCUUCCUCGACUCAAACCCAAACUGUUUAUCCACCGCUUCCAAUGCCAAAUCCAAGGAGCAGCUUAGCUCCGUGGGGCACGUUAAUGCUAGCAGUAACGACGAACAUCUCUCUGGCCCAGCUGCACUGCCCCGAUCAGGGACCGUUCGAACUGGAGAAGAGGCACUCGAAGAAGGAAGCCAAGAGGAGGGUGCAAAGCAGGAGGAAAUGGCUGUGGAAUCGGGAAAAGAGUGGUCUGCUCUUGAAGGAGUAUCUCGCGUGAAUACUCUGUUGAAUUUGCCUAGGUUCGUGCCCGGAAAAGACGACAGGAAAGCGGCUGGAGAGGCGCAAGCUUGGAAAUGAAGAACCGGAGAGGAAUUUAGUUUGGCUUUAUUUUUUAUAUAUAUAUAUAUAUAUAUAUAUAUUUUUUUUUUCCCUUUUAUUAUAUAUAUAUUUUUUCUGUGUUUAUGCUUCGACAGAAGGGGGAAAAGAUUUGUAGCGUCGCAAUUGGAAAAUGUUAAAUUUGGACAGGAGAGGUGGUCCCGGCUGUAUUAGUGUGUCUGGGAAAUUGUCCUUUCUCUCUCUAGUGUGGGUAGAAUUGGGAUUUUUGUAAAAUCCAACUCUCCGUCGUCGAUUUUUAAAUUUUUAAAUAAAAAUUCUGCUUUAUUUUUUGGGGCA